GAAAACGCUUAGUUCCGGGCGGCGGCAGCCGCCGCCAUCUGUCACCUCAACUCCGGCUCCAACUCCGGCUCCGGCUCCGGCUCCGGCCCGAGCCCCCAGUCGCCCCUGCCCGGCCUCCUGUCUCCUCGGCGGAGGCUGCUUCCCGGCCCCUUCAUCUCUCUGCUCUGUUCUCGUCACUGGCCUCUUUCCCCACAUGGAUCUGGUCGGAGUGUCAUCCCCUGAACCAGGGCCGGCAGCGGCCUGGGGAUCCAGCAAGUGUCCAUGGGCUACCCCUCAAAAUACAAUAUCUUGUUCUUUGGCUGAUGUAAUGAGUGAACAGUUGGCUAAAGAGUUGCAAUUAGAAGAAGAAGCUGCCACUUUUCCUAAAGUUGCUGUUGCUGAAGGACCAUUUAUUACUGGAGAAAACACUGAUACUUCCAGCGACCUAAUGCUGGCUCAGAUGCUACAGAUGGAAUUUGACAGAGAAUAUGAUGCACAGCUUAGGCGUGAAGAAAAAAAAUUCAAUGGAGAUAGCAAAGUUUCAAUUUCCUUUGAAAAUUAUCGAAAAGUACAUCCUUAUGAAGACAGUGAUAGCUCUGAAGAUGAGGUUGACUGGCAGGAUACUCGCGAUGAUCCCUAUAGACCAGCAAAACCAGUUCCUACUCCCAAAAAGGGUUUUACUGGAAAAGGAAAAGACAUCACCACCAAACAUGAUGAAGUAGUAUGUGGGAGAAAGAAUACAGCCAGAAUGGAAAAUUUUGCACCUGGGUUUCAGGUAGGAGAUGGAAUUGGAAUGGAUUUAAAACUAUCAAACCAUGUUUUCAAUGCUUUAAAACAACAUGCCUACUCAGAAGAACGUCGAAGUGCCCGCCUCCAUGAGAAAAAGGAACAUUCUACUGCAGAAAAAGCAGUUGAUCCUAAAACACGUUUACUUAUGUAUAAAAUGGUCAACUCUGGGAUGUUGGACACAAUCACUGGCUGCAUUAGUACAGGGAAGGAAUCUGUUGUCUUUCAUGCAUAUGGAGGGAGCAUGGAAGAUGAAAAGGAAUGUAGUAAACUUAUACCUACAGAAUGUGCCAUCAAGGUGUUUAAAACAACCCUUAAUGAGUUUAAGAAUCGUGACAAAUAUAUUAAAGAUGACUUCAGGUUUAAAGAUCGCUUCAGUAAACUAAAUCCACGCAAGAUCAUCCGAAUGUGGGCAGAAAAAGAAAUGCACAAUCUCACAAGAAUGCAGAAAGCUGGGAUUCCUUGUCCAGAAGUUGUGCUACUCAAGAAACACAUUUUAGUUAUGUCUUUUAUUGGCCAUGAUCAAGUUCCAGCCCCCAAACUGAAAGAAGUAAAGCUCAGUAGUGAAGAAAUGAAAGAAGCCUACUACCAAACCCUUCGUUUGAUGCAGCAGUUAUAUAAUGAGUGCACACUCGUACAUGCCGACCUCAGCGAAUACAACAUGCUAUGGCAUGCUGGGAAGGUUUGGUUGAUCGAUGUCAGUCAGUCUGUAGAACCUACCCAUCCACAUGGCCUGGAGUUCUUGUUCCGUGACUGUAGGAAUGUCUCACAGUUUUUCCAGAAAGGGGGAGUAAAGGAAGCCCUUAGUGAACGAGAACUCUUCAAUGCUGUUUCAGGUUUAAAUAUCUCAGCAGAUAAUGAAGCCGAUUUCUUAGCUGAGAUAGAAGCUUUGGAGAAAAUGAAUGAAGAUCAUGUUCAGAAGAAUGGAAGGAAGGCGGCUUCAUUUCUGAAAGACGAUGGAGGUCCGUCAGUCCCACAUGAUGAAUAGCAGUACCAGCAUCCACUGCUUCCAGUGUUAGCACAGCGGUGAUCUCUGGCUGCCAAUGCCAAAUGCAGUUACGGGUGCCUGGAAAAUACCAAAACGUGAGGAGGCGUGUACAAUGGUGCUCUGUGCUUUUUUCCCCUUGUAACCCAUAUGCCAGAGUGUGGAAUUUUUAGCUCGGCAUCAAGAGAAUAAAAUGUCACUACCUCUCAUCUUAUGAAUCUUACAUACCUUAUGAACAGGAUAAUAUAAUUCUUUAACAGGUACAGGUUAUCUGGUUGAAAUCAACCUGAUUUUACAGAAUUCAUGAUAUAAAAUGUUUUGAUGAGAAUUUUUAAAACUUAGGUAGUAUUUCCAAAUAUGGGAGGAAAGGACAGAUGUGUUUACAAGGGAGGCUUUUAUUACAACAUACUUGCUCUGAUCACCUCCCUGCUUUGUGUUUCAUCUUUCCUCAGUUAGCCGGCCUGAAAUUAGCCCUUCUCAGUUCUUUUUCCAGAGUGUGGCCAUGAUUCUAAAGGAAAGUGUCUUAUUUUAGUAGGUGUUGUCCAUGGAAAUCUGGUUUCAGAAUGGUUGAUGGAAAGAUAUAAGCAAAAUACUUUUUAUGGGUACAUCAUAAAUAUAAACUGAAUUCUUCUUUCCCAUAGUCAUAUCCAAGAAAAGGCAUCGUAAGUUUCUGAAAGAUAAAUAUAUAAGAUCUUAACCAUCCAAAUUUUUAAAAUUUAACUUUCAGCAUUUCCACAUUUAGGUUGAAAUGGAUAGAAUAUAACUCAUGGUGUGGUUGCUCUGCAUUUAUAAUGAAAAUGUAAAUUACCUGGAAGGACAAAAUAUAAGGUUUAACCUUGUUUGACAUAUUUUAAUGAAGCCAAUGACACAAAGUUCAGUUUACAUUUCACUCAAGCUACAUACUUACUGAUUUAUUUUGAGAGAAAUAUAGCAAGCUAAUUAGAAAUAUUUCAUAGUCAAAUGAUGAACACUAGCUUUGAAAUAAGUUGGGUACCAAAUUAACCAACUAAUUUAAUCUAUCUGACCUCACUCUUAAUAAUUUUUAGUACUGGCUGGAUGCCACUUCUUAAAUAAAACAAGCACUGUACUAGAAAAGUACAUUAACUAUGAUGUAAUCAUUCUUCCUAUUAAUUUCAGAUUGGAACCACUGGAGACCCAAUCUGCUAACAGAAAGUAAAAAUGUAAACAUUAUUUACACUUGAAAGCUUCUCCUUUAACAUUAUUUAAAAAUGCCAAAUAUGUUUUUUCUAGAAAAAUAUUUAUUUUUGUUUCUGUUGUAUAACUUUCACUGCAUUUUAGAGAAGUGUGAUUUGGGGUAGAUACUUAAAUUACAUUUCUGAAAUGUCUACUACUCCAAAACAAAGAUUUCAAUGACUGGUGAUUAUUGGCUUUACAGAAAUUUCAGAGAUCUAAUUUUUAAAAACCAUUAACCAUUUAAAAAGUUUUUUGUUUUGUUUUCUGACAUACUCUGUUUGUCUAAGAGCAGCAAACCAUUGCUGUGUGGCAUUCUUGGAGUGUGCUGUGAAUACACUUUUUAAGAAAUUAAAAAUGAAGAGAUCAUUUUAGAA